AUGUUUGCGAAAACACGACCAGUGUUAACACAACUAAGCAAUGCAUCAUCGCAACAAGCGGUGAGGAGUCUAGCUACCAUAGCUCCUGAGGCGGCCGCCGCUCCUCCUCCAAGAGUACAUGGAGGCCUCAAAGACACUGACCGUAUAUUCACAAACUUGUAUGGACGACACGACCAUCGACUGACAUCCGCCAUGAAGAGAGGCGACUGGUACAAGACAAAGGAAAUCCUGCUGAAAGGCGACACUUGGAUCAUCAAUGAAGUGAAGGCUAGUGGGCUACGAGGUCGUGGUGGUGCUGGUUUCCCUUCUGGUCUGAAAUGGAGUUUCAUGAACAAGCCUGGUGGUCCCGAUGGUCGCCCUCGUUAUUUGGUCAUCAAUGCUGAUGAGGGUGAACCGGGUACCUGUAAAGAUCGUGAAAUAUUGAGAAAGGAACCACACAAACUUGUUGAAGGAUGUUUGUUGGCUGGACGAGCUAUGAAUGCUAAUGCCGCAUAUAUCUAUGUUCGAGGUGAAUUUUAUAAUGAAGCUUCCAAUCUUCAAGAAGCCAUCACUGAAGCCUACAAGGCUGGCUUGAUUGGAAAGAACGCAUGCGGUAGUGGAUAUGACUUUGACGUAUACGUACACCGUGGUGCCGGUGCCUAUAUUUGUGGUGAAGAAACCGCCUUGAUUGAAUCUCUCGAGGGUAAACAGGGUAAACCUCGUCUUAAGCCUCCAUUCCCAGCCGAUGUCGGUGUCUUUGGAUGCCCAACCACUGUCGCAAAUGUAGAAACCGUAGCUGUAGCACCCACCAUCUUGCGUCGAGGAGGAUCAUGGUUUGCCGGAUUCGGCCGUAAGCGUAAUGAAGGUACCAAACUAUAUUGUAUCUCAGGCCACGUCAACAAUCCAUGUGUCGUUGAAGAAGAAAUGAGUAUUCCAUUAAAAGAACUAAUUGAUAAACAUGCCGGUGGUAUUCGUGGUGGUUGGGAUAACUUGCUUGGUAUUAUACCCGGUGGAUCAUCUGUACCUAUCUUGCCCAGAAAGACUGCUGAAACUGUAUUGAUGGACUUUGAUGCUUUGAAGGACGUCCAAUCUGGGUUGGGUACUGCUGGUAUCUUUGUCAUGGAUAAAAGUACUGAUGUAGUCAAGAUGAUUUCACGAUUGAGUGCCUUCUACCAACAUGAAUCGUGUGGUCAAUGUACACCAUGUCGUGAAGGAACUGGAUGGAUGGCCUCUAUGAUGAAGAGAUUUGAAGAGGGUAAUGGUCGUAUUGAAGAAAUUGACAUGAUUGAAGAAAUAUCUCGUCAAAUUGAAGGUCAUACUAUCUGUGCUUUGGGUGAUGCUGCGGCUUGGCCAGUACAAGGAUUGAUUCGUCAAUUUAGACCUGAAUUAGAGGCCAGAAUGAAGGAUUACGCUGCCAAGCACGGCACAGUCAAGAGAAUUGCUGGCACAAGCGUUCGACCAGGGAGCCAACCACAGCUCGGUCAUUAG